UCGCUCAGUCCCCUGCCCUCUGGUCUUGAAUGAAAUGUGAUCCCCGUCAGGCCAGGGCCCCCCGAGAGCCAGACACGCGUGGGAUCGCCAGCCCCGGGACUCCCCAGUCGGUUCCUCUGUGCUCCUCAGCUUGCCCCUGUGCCAGCCUCUAGCUUUCAAGUGCCUCCCUCGAGCUGCCGGGUCUUUCUCCCCAUUCCCCCCUGCAACUACCUGUACACAGCUCGCGUGGGGCGCGCCCGGCUCCCGAAGCAAGUGUGGCUGUGCUAAGGACCUGGCAGGCGUCCCACCAACCCCAGCCCCCGGACCGGCCCCGCAGCGCCCGCAGCUGAGCUCUGCACAGAGCCAGCGCGUGUCCAACAGCAGCUCCCAGACAGCAGCAGCAGCCCACAGCUCCAGGGGAGUCGUGACUCCGCACACCGCCCUUCCCCCGCCCCAGGGCACCCGGGCGGGCCGAGGGCUCUAGCUGGAUAAAAGCGGAGCCACGGUAACCCCCGUUUGGCGGAGAGACGCGCGGAGCUGGAGAGGGAGCGGAUCGGCACCAUGGAGAGCGCCUAGCGUCCCUUUCCCACUUCCCGCGGCCAGCCCCGUCUUCCUGGCUGCUUCCAGCCUCCCUCUCUCCGGAACCCCCAGGGAGCGCCAGGGCGCCGCUGCCUCUCUUGGCGCCGGCGCACGCUGCCUGGCGCUUGCACACGGGGACACUCCCGCGCUGGGACUCUCCCUCCCACACAGCUCCUUGCAGCUCGCCGGCUCCUAGGCACUGUUGGCAGCUCCGCAGAUGGCAACGCCAGGCUCCGGCUUUUGGUCCUUCGGCUCCGAGGAGGGCUCGGGGGACGCGGAGAACCCUGGCACAGCAAAAGCGUGGUGCCAGGCUGCCCAAAAGUUUACGGGAGGAAUUGGAACCAAACUCUGCGCUUUGCUGUAUGGGGAUGGAGAAAAGCCCAUGGAAACCGGGGCGAAGGAGGGCCUGGGCUCAGCGGAGAAGACACCGGCCUGUACCUGCAACAACAAGCCCUGUAGCUGCCAGAAAGCGGAUAUUAAUUAUGCAUUUUUACACUCAACAGAUCUUCUGCCGGCGUGCAAUGGGGAAAUAACAACUCUGUCUUUCCUACAAGAUGUUAUGGAUAUUUUGCUUCAGUAUGUGGUGAAAAGUUUUGAUAGAUCAACAAAGGUUAUUGAUUUCCAUUACCCAAAUGAGCUCCUUCAGGAAUAUAAUUGGGAACUGGCAGAUCAACCACAGACCUUGGAAGAAAUUUUGUUGAACUGCAGAACAACCCUAAAAUAUGCAAUCAAAACAGGGCAUCCUAGAUAUUUCAAUCAACUUUCAACUGGACUGGACAUGGUUGGAUUAGCUGCAGACUGGCUGACAUCAACAGCAAAUACUAAUAUGUUCACCUAUGAAAUUGCUCCUGUGUUUGUACUUUUGGAAUAUGUCACGCUAAGGAAAAUGAGAGAAAUGAUUGGCUGGCCAGGGGGCUGUGGCGAUGGGAUAUUUUCACCUGGUGGUGCCAUAUCUAACAUGUAUGCUAUGUUGAUUGCACGUUUCAAGAUGUUCCCAGAAGUCAAAGAGAAAGGAAUGGCAGCUAUUCCCAGGCUGCUUGCCUUCACCUCAGAGCAUAGUCACUUUUCUGUGAAGAAGGGAGCUGCAGCCUUGGGGAUUGGCACAGAUAGUGUGAUUCUGAUUAGAUGUGAUGAAAGAGGGAAAAUGAUCCCAUCCGACCUUGAAAGAAGAAUUAUGGAAGCCAAACAAAAAGGAUUUGUUCCUUUCCUAGUUAGUGCCACUGCAGGAACUACAGUGUAUGGUGCAUUUGAUCCACUCCUAGCUAUUGCGGACAUCUGCAAGAAAUACAAAAUCUGGAUGCACGUGGAUGCAGCAUGGGGUGGCGGGCUGCUGAUGUCUAGGAAACAUAAAUGGAAAUUAAAUGGUGUUGAAAGGGCCAAUUCUGUGACUUGGAACCCUCACAAGAUGAUGGGAGUCCCAUUGCAGUGUUCUGCCCUUCUCAUUAGGGAAGAGGGCUUGAUGCAGAGCUGCAAUCAAAUGCACGCUUCCUACCUCUUUCAACAAGAUAAACACUAUGACUUGUCAUAUGACACUGGAGACAAGGCGUUGCAAUGCGGGCGUCAUGUUGAUGUUUUCAAGCUCUGGCUGAUGUGGAGAGCAAAGGGAACUACAGGAUUUGAAGCACAAAUUGACAAGUGCUUGGAACUUGCAGAAUAUCUCUAUAAUAAAAUAAAGAACAGAGAAGGCUAUGAAAUGGUGUUUGAUGGAAAGCCUCAGCACACAAAUGUCUGCUUCUGGUACGUACCUCCCAGUUUGCGCAGCAUGGAGGACAACGAAGAAAGAAUGAACCGUCUUUUAAAGGUGGCCCCAGUGAUAAAAGCCAGAAUGAUGGAAUAUGGAACUACUAUGGUCAGCUAUCAACCACUGGGAGACAAAGUGAACUUCUUCCGUAUGGUCAUCUCAAACCCAGCAGCUUCUCAUCAAGACAUUGAUUUCCUAACUGAGGAAAUAGAACGUCUGGGACAAGAUUUAUAAUAAUCUGGUCUGCGAGUAUGGUCCAGAACCUGUAGGUAGACAAUUAAGCUGUCACAAACUGUGUGAAUGUAUUUGUAGUUUGUUCCAAAGUAAAUCUAUUUCUAUAUUGUGGCGUCAAAGUAGAGUACGGUUUAAAAUCAAGAAACAUGCUCCUUUUAAAAUCCUCUCUUGAGUUUUAGAAUACCUCUUUAAUAAUUAGAUACACAUAAGAAAUAACAGAAGAUACUUGCAAUUUCCCCCCAGAUUUUAAUACAGUUAGUAAAUACAUGUUUUAGGUUAAAAGUAGUCUGAGUGGUGCCACAUUUGCCCCAAAUGGUGACAAAAUCCAAUGAGGGGGAAGUAAGAUGCAUAAAGUAAAGAAAUUGUAUGUUUAAAAGUGAAAAUAUUUUGCCUUUUUCUUAGAUUUAGAACAAAAUUUCUAAUUUAUCUAUAGCAACAUUUCAAAUGUAUUUAAAUACAUAUAAUUUUAAAAAAGCAAUAUAUAUAUAUUAAAAUAUCCUAUUUUGUAAACU